AUGGAAGAAACUUCGCUGGAGGCCGCGAUUGGGUGGCUGGUGCAGGCCAUCUAUGCCGGCCUCCUAGUUGGCGGCGAGCUCGAUGGUUGGAUUCGCCGGGCUGGGCUCGCGGAUGACAUCGAGAGGCUCAGAUCUGAGGUGGAGGGAGUCGAGAUGGUCGUCUCUGCUGUCAAGGGGAGGGCGAUCGGGAACCAGCCGCUGGCCCGGUCGCUCGCCCGCAUCAGGGAGCUGCUCUACGGCGCGGAAGAUCUGGUGGACGAGCUCCACUACUGGAGGCUCCAGCAGCAGCUGGAAUUGGAAGGAGGCACAAGGCAUGACCUUGACGAAACGGAUGCACAUGGAUCACUGCAAGUGGAGAGAUCGACUGGGAGUAGCAGUGUUGGCGGAUUACGGUCCGAGUCCUGGGGACACUUUGAUAUCGAGGAAUUUGUUGAAAAUGGAGGGCCUGUCAAAGCAAUAUGUAAACACUGCCGUGCAGUGGUUGUGUGCACAACUGACAAGGGGACACCUAUUUUGUGCAAGCAUCUCAAGAGUAAAAGUUGUAAGAAGAAACGUGGAGCAAGUGACCCUUCAAGCACUGGUGAUGCUACUGCAAGUGCUACUUCUACUGCAACUGAUGGUAUUUCAUCCACCAGAAACAUGAGAGGGUCUGAGGUUGAGGAGCCAAAACACGGCACCAGAUCCGACACAUACACUUGGGACAAGGUCACCUUUUCCAAUAGGAUAAAAGACAUAACUCAUCAGUUGCAAGGCAUCCGAGGAGAUGUGAGAGCAGCUCUAAUGAUACUUGGGUCAGACUCUAGUGCAAGUUCAAACCACCAUGUAGAACAUCCACACCGUAGAACAUCAAGUCUUGUUCAGGGAAAAGUUUAUGGGAGAGAUUAUGAGAAGGCAGAAAUCAUACGGCUGAUAAAAGGACACAAAUUAUCUAGCAGUGUAACAGUUCUGACUGUUUUAGGCAUUGGUGGGGUUGGGAAGACAACCCUUGCUCAACUGGUAUACAACGAUCCAUCUGUGGAAAGUCAAUUUGACCACAGAAUAUGGAUUUCAGUGUCCAACAAAUUUGAUGAAACGAGAAUCUCAAGAGAGAUGUUGGAUUUUGUCUCCCAAGGAACACAUGAAGGGCUGUACAGCUUUGCCAGGCUUCAGGAGGUCUUGAGAGGUUAUGUUAAAUCAAAGAGGGUUCUACUUGUUUUAGAUGAUGUCUGGGAUGACAUGAAUGAUUGCCAGUGGAACCAACUAUUAGCCCCUUUCAAAUCUGACAAUGCAAAAGGCAAUAUCAUACUUGUGACAACUAGAAAACCAUCUGUUGCAAAAAGGAGAGGUACGGUUGAACCAAUUAAGUUACAUGGUUUGAAAGAAGAUGAUUUUUGGAUAUUGUUUAAAGCGUGUGUGUUUGGUGAUGAGAACUAUGAAGUGAAAGGUAGUCUUAGGACUUUGGCAUGGCAGAUAAUAGAGAAGUUGAAAGGAAACCCGCUAGCUGCAGAAACUGCAGGGGCAUUAUUAAGACAGCAUCUUACCAGUGAACAUUGGAGUAACAUUCUGAAGAACGAAGAUUGGAAAUCCCUGCAACUCAGAAGAGGCAUUAUGCCUACUUUGAAGCUUUGUUAUGAUCAACUGCCCUACCAUUUACAACAAUGCUUCUCAUAUUGUGCUAUAUUCCCUUGCAAUUAUCGGUUUCUCGCUGAGGAGAUAGUUCGUAUUUGGAUUUCACAGGGAUUUGUGAAGUGUAGUCAUUCAGGUAUGAGAUUGGAUGAGAUAGGACGGCUCUAUCUGACUAAUUUAGUGAACCUGGGCUUCUUUCAGCAGAUUGAAGGAGGCUACUCUUCAAACAAUCAAACUACUUAUGUUAUGUGUGGUCUUAUGCAUGAUUUCGCAAGGGUAAUUUCAAGAGCUGAGUGUGCAACUUUGGAUGCUCUACAGUGCAAUGAAAUUUCAUCAACUGUGCUACAUUUGUCAAUAGUAACUGGUCGUGUGUAUUGGUAUGAUGAGAAGUUUCAACAGAUAUUGCGAAAUACAUUGAAAAAAGUUAAAAAUUUGAGAUCAUUGGUCUUAAUUGGACAGUACGACUCCCAAUUGUUCCAACAAGUAUUUGAGAAGGCACACAAUUUGCGUCUGUUACAAGUAUCUGCAACUGCUGGGUCUCAUUCCUUCCUAUGCGGUUUGGUAAAUCCUACACAUCUUCGGUAUCUAAACCUACAGGAUGCUCAUGUUUGGCCGGGAGAUUUACCACAAGUUUUGAGCAAGUUUCUCCACCUUCAAGUAUUAGAAGUUGGCUUAUGCCGUGAUACUUCGUUUACCCUUGAGCGGAUGGUUAAUCUAGGGGAUUGUGGUGAAAGGCUUAUAUUUCCAUCUCUAGAAAGACUUCCGUUUCUUACGACGUUCAAGUUGAGCAACCUGCGGAAAAUUAGAGAAGUAUCAGUUCCAUCAUUGCAGGAGCUGAUUUUAGUUGAAAUGCCAGAGUUGGAGAGAUGCACCUGCACGUCCCUAGGGGAUUUGAACUCUAGUUUAAGGGUACUGGAGAUCCGGAGCUGCCCUGCACUCAAGGUGUUCGAUCUGUUUGAGAAAGGUCAUAACUUUGUUGAGCAGCCAUCAUUGUAUGAAGGUCAUAACUACGAAACUGGGUGGAAGCUAUGGUUGCCCGGUCUUAGAGUACUCACAGUAAUCAAUUGUCCUCAUUUACUGAUGCCGUGUCUCCUACCACAUUCAACUAAUGUUUCUAGACUGCACAUCGACGGAGUUCCAACACUUCUGAAGAUGGAGGGAUCGUCCACAGAAAAUCUAGAAAUUUCUCCAAAUAGUCGAUCUGGUGAGAAUUCCGAUGAGACAGUGAGAUUGGAUGGAAAAAUAUUGGCAUUCCAUAAUUGGGGGGACCUAAAAUCCUUGAGCAUAUCAUGUUGUGGAAACCUAACAUCUAUUUCAUUUCGAAGUCUUAAUCAGCUCUUCUCUUUAAGCGAUCUCCGUAUAGUAGGGUGCAGAAAACUUUUCUCUUCAGAUGUUCGGCCAGAGGUUACCGAUGAAUAUGCGAUAGGUGCAUAUCGGUUUGGCCUCCGGUGUCUCAGAAGUCUCUAUAUUAGUUCAUCAGGAAUAACGGGGAAGUGGUUAUCUUUGAUGUUGCAACAUGCGCAGAUCCUGAAGGAAUUGUUCUUAAAUGACUGCCCUCAAUUUACACAGUUACAGAUUGAAGAGGAAGAGAACAGUCAACCAAAUUUUAUCUCAGCCCCAGAGGCUUCAUCAAGCUGGGGUCCAGAUGGACUUUUGUGCAUUCCAUUAAAUCUCACCUCCUCUCUAGAAAAGAUAGCUAUUUCUCGAAGCCCUUAUUUGAGAUUUUACGGGAACAAGGAAGACUUUGCUGGAUUUACCUCCCUGCAGGAGCUAAUAAUUCGAUGCUGUCCUGGGCUGCUCUCAUCCUUGGCGCAUAAUGAAGGAAAUGAUGUCCAGGCAAACAGAACAUGGCUUCUUCCACAGCCACUUGGACAAGUUGUGAUCAGUAACUAUGACCACAAAACACUAUCACUCUGCUUCAUGGGUAAUCUCACCUGUCUCAGAAAAUUGGAAGUAUUGGAAAGCCCAGGCUUGGAAUCUCUACAGCUGCAUUCCUGCACAUCGCUUGAAGAUUUGAGAAUUCGUGAAUGCAAACAGCUUGCCACAGUAAAGGGAAUGCAAUCCCUUGUGAACCUCAUGAAUUUGGAAGUACAAGAAAACCCUAGCUUGGUAUCUCUACAGUUGCAUUCCUGCAGGUCGCUGGAAGAUCUGAGAAUUGAAAAAUGUGAAUCACUCAUCGCACUAGAGGGCUUGCAAUCCCUUGUGAACCUCAGAAAUUUGGCCCUACUCAACUCCCCUGGCUUGCCUCCAUAUUUGGAACGUUUGUUGGGGCACUAUGAGUUGUGCCCUCGACUCGAAAGUCUUCACAUUGAUGACUUGUCUCUCCUUAACAUGUCACUGUGCAAAGGCCUCACUUGCCUCCAAUGCCUACGACUUGAGAAGCUGGAACGGGGAGGGACAAGACUAACAGAUGAGCAAGAGAGAGCGCUACUGCUCCUCAGGUCCCUGCAAGACCUUGAAUUUCAAGAUUGUUUAAACCUCGUACAUCUUCCUGCGAGACUGCACAGCCUUCCUUCCCUCAAGACAUUGAUGAUCGUUUGUUGUGAAGACAUCCCAAGGCUGCCUAAGAAGGGCCUCCCAUCUUCGCUGGAACGGCUAGUGAUAUACGAUUGCAGUACUGAGCUAAGAAAACAGUGUGAAUCGCUAACAAGAGGCAAGCUAAGGGUUACGAUGAAUGACUGA